UUUUUAUUAUAAAAAAAAACAUGGAUAAAAAUAUUUCGAUAAAAGUCGAAGAUCUUAACAAUCAAAAUGAAGAAUGUAUUGAAGAAAAUAUUAUCAUGAAUGAAAAUGCUGAAGAAAUUUUAGCCAUCAAUAAUAAUUCCAAUAUACAAUUGGAAUUUAUUAAUGUUAAAAACAUAAGUCAAGAUGGUGUAGAAUUUUUGAAAGAUUCAGAAAAUCUUGUCAUCGAAAAUGAAAAUCUAAAAAAAGAAUUGACUUCAACUCAGGAAAAGUUUGCCAUUUUGCAAUCACAAGUACAACAUCAAGCUAAACUGAUUGAAUUAUUAUUACGACUUGAUAUGGUAAAAGCCGUCGAAGAACCUGAUAAACGAGAGAUGGAUGAUCUGCAACGAAAAAUACAAUUAUGUUUCAAUCUAAUUGAUGAAUGUAAUAUAAAAUUUAGCGAACUAUCCAAUGAACGACGAAGAGUGUUGAUUGUCAGCGAUAACGAACCAGCUCCUUCAAAAGUCGAAAAACGAGCUGCUAUUUGGAAUCAUUUCACCGUAUUGGCCGAUACUGAUGGAGAAAAAAGUGUUGAAUGUAAUUAUUGUGGAAAAUGUUUCGCAUAUCGUAACAUGAAUGCAAGCAAAUGCCGGGAACACAUUAAUGAAAAAUGUGAUAAAGCACCGGAUGAAAUCAAAAGCUCAAAACCUCGUCGUUAUAAUUCGCCACCAACUGGUUCGAAAUAUACUGUUUGGAAUUAUUUCAUCAAUUCUGAGAAAGAUGGUAAAAUUUCCAUCAAUUGCAUAUUUUGUGGUAUUGAAUAUUCAUCGAAAAAUGCCACUAAAUGUCGAGAACAUUUGGCGUUCAAAUGUCGUAAGAUAGACGAAGAGGUACGAAUCGAAAUGCGUUCAACAUUCAGUCAGGAUUAUAUUGAUUCUUACAACAAACAAAAACGUUCUACAAUAUGGGAACAUUUUUGCAUCAUCAACGAUGAUGAUAAAACUGUCAUACAAUGUAUCUAUUGUUGUAUGAAUUAUGCUAACAAAAAUGCCACCAAAUGCCGUGAACAUCUUCUUGAAAGAUGUGAUAAAAUACCGUUAAGUAUAAGACACAAAAUCAACAAUUCCUUCUAUGAAUCUCCAUUGAAAACUUGGACCCAAAUCAAAAUACCAAUCUGGAAGCAUUUUUCGUUGGUCUCACAUCAAGAUCGCCGACAAUACCAAUGCAAUUAUUGCAAAAAAAUUUAUUCUUCCAAAAAUGUCACUAAAUUUCGAUUACAUCUUCUUUAUAAAUGUGAACAAAUACCGGACGAUGUCAAGUCUUAUAUAACUAUGGAGAUGACACGAUCAUCACUUAAAUCGUGUACCAAUAAUGAAGAUGGCGAUUAUUAUGAAGAUGAAUCCCAUCAUUUUCUUAAAGAAGAAGAUGAUGAUGAUGACGAAGAAGAGGAUGAAGAUGAUGAAGAUUAUCCAACAGGAUUAUGUACCAUUGCCACAGAGCAAUCUCAAAACAAUAUUAACGAUAUUGAUGACAACAAUGAACAUCAUUCCAAUAAUUCUGAACAUGAUAAUGACAAUGAUUAUGAUGAUAAUGAUGGGAAAGAAGGAAUAGCAAAUCAUACAAGAUCUUCUCGAUUCAAACGAAGAAAAAUGAAUUGAUUGUAAUAUUUUUUUAUUAUUAAAAAAUUUCG